CAUUCAUUACCCUACUUCCUCAUCUGCUCUGCCAUUGUCGACUUCUGUGUUGCUGUUCAGAGGUAUGUUUUAUCACUAGGAACCAUGGCGAUGAACACCACAGUCGACAAUAUCACCAGCCCCGCAGUGACAACCAGCCCAAGUUCAGAAGCUCCCUCGGACCAGGCACACUUCACCGAGCCCUUCAGAGUCGCCCUGAUCAUCAUUUACACAGCAGUCCUUCUGGUUGGCAUCACAGGCUUAACUGUCAUGAUCAGCUUGUUAAAAACCAACAUUCGCUCGUUAACCACCAUUGCCUUCCUGAACUUGAUGGUCGCACACUUUCUUUUCCUGCUCACUGUGCCGUUCAGAAUCUACUACUAUGUGUCCCAAACGUGGCAGCUGGGUCAGGGAUUCUGUAAACUGGUCAGCGCCAUGGUGCAUAUCCACAUAUACAUGGUGUUUACCAUCUACUCCAUCCUACUCACGGUUCGUUUCCUGCAUUUUUACAAGAAAACGCAGCGGACUGAGUUCUACAGGAGGCUACAUGGGCUGGGCGCGAGCGCUCUGGUGUGGUUCAUCCUGUUAAUCAUCAUGCUGCCCCUCGUGCUGAUACAAUACGGACAGAAAACCAUAAGCCUACCAGAAAACCAGUGCUUCAAAUUUGGAGAUGAAAUACAUAACUAUGUCUACGCCCUGAACAUGGUUCUAUCCAUCUUUAUUAUCACGGUGUCGUGUCUUCAGACCUGCAUCCAGGUGAUCAUCUUACGCUCGAUGAUCCUCAAGUACGGCCCCGCCAGCCGCUCCCAGCAGGAGUUUUGGGUCCAAAUAAAAAACCUCAGCUUUGUCCUCAUCAUGCUCACCUGCCUGGCACCAUACCACCUUUUUAGGCUACAAUACCUGAACAACAUUGGAGACCUUCAUCAGAUAAAUGAAGUGUUUCUGGCCAUCACUGGGCUUACGUGUUUCGACAUGCUGACGUUCACUGGGAAGAACAUAUAUAAAGUGUGCCUUACCGGAUAAAUAAAGUGGAUAAAUACUGAACAUUAGACACCAUUUUCCGCAUCACUACCCAUAAAUCAGGGUCUGCAGAUGAAAACUGGAAACCGUUAUAACAGAAAACAAGUGUUAUAAUUAUAAGGUGAAGGUAAUGAGCAUCAGCCUUAGCAAAAUGUAGCCUAUAUAUACCAUGUUAGCCGUUUUGUGCCAAAAUACCAUAGAAAUUACUGCAAAUAUGAAGUGUGGUAGCUGUGAUUCUGAAAGCUUUUUACAUUGUUUGAAUGCUCUUGAAGAAAAAAAGCAGGCCUGUGUUUUGUUUUGUUUUUGAUCAUGUAAAUUCCAGUAGGCCUACCAUGAUAAAUACAUGGUAGCCUAUACAUUAAAGUAACAGUGUGACUACAGUAGGCUAUCAUUCGAUAGUUAUGUGUUUAUAAUGACUGUAGUGAUGAUGGUUAUCAUGGUAUUCAAGUCUUUCGAAUGAUUUGAAAUGACGUUUGUUUAGAUAUUUUUUUUUUUGGAGAUAGAAAAGCAAAAUACAUGUUAAGGUUUAAUUUUACAGCGAACCUUUGACAGCUAUUAUAUUUACACAUAUAAUUGAACGAACUUGAAUGCAGCUCAGUGGAAAUAAGGCCUACCUUCUCAGAACUUUGGUUAAUCUUUAAGCAAGGGUAUCUCAAAUUUAUGAAUAAACGUUCUUCCAAUAAUAGAAUGUUCAUUCAAUGUUGUGCUCUCAAAAUAUAGCCGA